AUGAGGGACCCUGUGAGCAGCCAAUAUAGCUCCUUUCUUUUCUGGAGGAUGCCCAUCCCAGAACUGGAUCUGUCGGAGCUGGAAGGCCUGGGUCUGUCAGAUACAUCCACGUACAAGAUCAAGGACAGCAGCGUUGACAAAAUGAUCGGGCAAGCAACGGGAGCAAAGCAGGAGAAAAACCCUGAAGGUGAUGCCCUCCUUGAGUACAGCACCUUCAACUUCUGGAGAGCUCCCAUUGCCAGCAUCCACUCCUUCGAAUUGGACUUGCUCUAAGGCCAAGACUUCUCUCUCCCACCACCUUGCCCUCACUGUCUUUCCUCUCAAGCCCCUUCCUUUCCACUCCUUUCCCAUUUUAAUCUUGUUCUCUAUUGUGUUGGUGGUGCUGAUGAAUCUGCCAGAGUUGUAUGUAUGUAUUUAUUUAUCUACUCCAUUUCUCUCAAAAGCCCUCAAGUCAUAAAGUAAAUGGUUCAAGCAAUGGGGUACUGGGUCACAGGGAUUCCUUUUCCCCCCAAAAUAUUAACUCCAGAAACUAGGCCUGAUCAUGGAUACCUGAGAGUAGUAUAGUAUUGCAAAAUGAAGACUGAUUUUUUACUCCACUUUAAUCAGCUUGAGAUUGCUUAAACCUUCCUGAUUUCCUGCUCCAGGCCAGUAAACACAAAUAUUUCUUCAAGGAGUGAUGAAAACCUCGGAAGUUUUAAUUUGAGAUUAUCUGCUAUGAAACAAGUCUCUUGCUUUUUUGAUCCUGCUUUCUUAUAAUAUUUCUUCUCAGAGAAAUCAAGGGGGUAGUCAGAAGUAUAAAACAAGAGGAAAUAAUACAUUAUGAAAAUAGGGAAAAUAAUUGAAUCAUUUUAGAAGUAGCUAAUUUCUUUUCUCAAGAGUGUCCCUUCUUCAGGCCUACUCACUUUACAGCUUUGCUCCUGUGGGUUGAAAACUCUAACUAAAGAAAUAUAUCAAAUCUUAAUAUGCAUUUUGCUAUUAUGAUAGUUUUUAAGGUUUCAAUUCAAUCUUCCAAACUGCCUAAGUCCUUAGUAUUUUAGCCUUACCUCCUGCAUUUGCAAUAUGUAAUACUGAUCAGUGGGCAAAAAGUUCUUCAGCUGCACUGAGACACUGAAAUGAACAAUUACAUUCUGAGUCUACAUCUCGUCCUCAAUCCUUCCAAAAUUAUUGUUGCCAAUUUGUGCUGCCAUUUACUCAUUUAUUUAAUAAAGACAUUCAAUCCCA